AUGUGGGUAAACGCCAAGCGCAGCAUUGUAGUGCUCAUUCACAUGGCUGGUUUUUUUAUUUUUGGUCCUAUAUUUCAAGGAAUUUAGCGAUUUCGGCUAGAUCCUUGAUAGCUACAAUAAGCAAUUCGUAAAAUUCCCUCUUCCUACAAUUCUAAAAGGUAGAAAUUUGUUGUUGAGAAAGAGAGCAUUGCUUUUUGAUCAGCCGGUUGGAGUAAACGCGUGUUGUCCUUAAGCUGAUAGCUGGCUUCGAUUGCCAGUAUGAUGAACUCUUUGGUUGCUCCUGGCCCACCAAUGAUGUCAUCUAACCCUUCCUCAUUGAACCAGCCUUCAUCUGGUGGUAAUAAAUCCUCGAGUUCGACAUUGAAACCGAACUACGCCUUGAAGUUCACCCUAGCAGGCCACACAAAAGCAGUAUCCUCUGUGAAAUUUAGCCCCAAUGGAGAGUGGCUGGCCAGUUCGUCUGCUGACAAAUUGAUCAAAAUUUGGGGAUCCUAUGAUGGAAAAUUUGAGAAAACAAUUUCUGGACACAAACUGGGAAUUUCAGAUGUUGCAUGGUCAACGGACAGCAGACUAUUAGUCAGCGCUUCGGAUGAUAAGACACUAAAAAUAUGGGAGCUCAGCUCGGGCAAAUGUUUGAAAACUCUGAAAGGGCAUAGCAACUAUGUAUUCUGCUGUAAUUUCAACCCUCAAUCCAAUCUAAUUGUAUCUGGAUCGUUUGAUGAGAGCGUGAGAAUUUGGGAUGUCCGCACUGGAAAAUGCUUGAAAACACUUCCAGCCCAUUCCGAUCCAGUCAGUGCUGUACACUUCAACAGAGAUGGCUCUCUAAUUGUAUCGAGUAGCUAUGAUGGUCUCUGCCGAAUUUGGGACACAGCUUCAGGCCAGUGUCUGAAGACUCUAAUAGACGAUGACAACCCUCCUGUGUCGUUUGUCAAGUUCUCCCCCAAUGGCAAAUACAUUUUAGCUGCCACCUUAGACAACACACUGAAGCUGUGGGACUACAGUAAAGGAAAGUGUCUGAAGACCUACACUGGUCACAAGAAUGAGAAGUACUGUAUAUUCGCCAACUUUUCUGUGACUGGUGGAAAGUGGAUUGUUUCGGGCUCUGAAGACAACAUGGUGUACGUUUGGAAUCUUCAGACCAAGGAAAUUGUUCAAAAGCUUCAAGGGCAUACAGAUGUUGUCUUGUGUACAACAUGCCAUCCUUCGGACAACAUCAUUGCGUCAGCGUCAUUAGAGAGUGACAAAACCAUCAAAAUUUGGCGCAGCGAGACAUAAUUUGUUAACAUUGCAGCAAUACAAGAAUUGGUUAUACAGUGUGAGAACUUAGCAGCCACAUUUGUAGAAACUAUUUUUCAUCGUUUUUACAGUGUUGAAAGUUCAACUUUAUUGUCUCUAAAUCUCAAGUGUGCAGCAUAGUGCUGUGUUGACGCUGUUACUUUUUGAGUACAGUUUGCAAUAUAACAAACCUUUGCAUUUGUAUAGCUCUCAGUAAAUUACGAGUCAAAAAUUCAAAACCUGAUUUCUAUCUUUGUGUGAACUGGUGUAUAAAUAGUAUCAUUUAAGGUGAGUAGCACUGAUCUGGUUCUGUAAUUUUGCCAUUUGAAUUGACAGUAUUUAUUCACUUGUGCUCACGCUGCAUUUUCAUAAUAUCAUAGUUUUCCCAGGAACAUUUCUUUUUUUGCCGUCUGUUCUUACGUGAUCAAUUUCUCAUGUGUUAAAUUAUGUACUCCGAGGAUGAAGAUUUGAACAAAUAAAGUUCAUACGAACUGAAAGCACUCACA